GACUGUGGUGUCCGCCUUUCCAGAGAGGCUGAACCAUCAGACGCACGGCGCACGCUUGCCUCCUUGGCUCUGCGACAUUAUCCCACAACUGGACCCACACACUCCAACAAAACGCUGCUGGAAUGCCUUCGAGUAAAAACAUGCAAGGAGGGAAAGCCUUCGGAUUGUUAAAGGAACAGCAAAGGCAAAAACUGGAGGAAAUAAACAAGGAAUUUCUGGAAGACCAGAAGUACCGGGAUGAAGAUGACCUUGCAGAGAAGUUGGAAGGCUUCAAAAAUAAAUAUGCUGAAUUUGACCUGAAUGACCAAGGCGAGAUUGAUCUGAUGGGCUUGAAGCGGAUGAUGGAGAAGCUGGGCGUUCCCAAGACCCACUUGGAGCUUAAGAAGAUGAUCAUGGAGGUGACGGGCGGCACCAGCAGCAACACCAUGGACUACAGGGACUUUGUCAAGAUGAUGCUGGGCAAGCGCUCGGCUGUCCUCAAACUAGUCUUGAUCUUCGAGGACAAAGCCAACGCCGCUCCCUGCAAGCCAGACGGCCCACCUCCGAAGCGGGACAUCGCCAGCCUGCCUUAAAGUCCUCCACAGACUCCACAGAGUCCGUUUUCCCUCACCACCACGCUGGAGUGUUGCGUCAGCCCCCGGGGACCACUGAUGGACAGAGGAGGUUAUUUGGUCAUGUACGGUGUGUGCAAGGUGUCCCCUUGUUUUGCUUAGAUCGUUUGGAUCAUUAAAUGAUGUUUGACUGUGAAUAUUUUUUAACAAGAUGUAGCAUCCUUAGCGUACGUGUAAUCACACAUUUUUCAUAGUUGAGUGUUUGGUGGUGAUGCAUUAAGGGAAGAUGCUUUUUAGAAACGCACAAGCAGCUUUCUUCAUCCCAUUCCCCCCCGACCCAUCCCAGCAGCCUCGCAGGGAUUCUCGCCAUGCUGGUCUCGUCCCCAUCGGGCCUUUGAUCAGGCGCCAGAGAUUACAGGGGAUAGCAUACUGAUCUGGAAUCAGUAACUAGCUUAUCGCGUAUCCGCCUGGUGAAAUAUUUGUAUGCGUUUGGAAGGCGGUUGCGGUUUGAAGUGAAGCACACGGUGAUAAACGGUACAGGCACACACGUAAUAAUAAUAAUAACAACACAGCAGCACAAUCAUGUUCUUUCCAAGUGCCUCAGUGCGGAUCCACGGAGGGAAAACAACAAGAGGGAGCGUGUGCAAAUGUGUCGAAGCAGUAAAUGACUCCACAAACCCAUAGCAUUUGUGUACUUUCAUACUAAACACCAACUUUCUUUUACUUUGUACAACAUUCUGAGUGAGAGGGGGGGAAAAAAAGUGGUGCACCUCCCUCCCCCGCUCCCAUUUUUUUGGUAACACUCUUAAUUGUCAUUGUUAAAGUUGUUUACUGUGAACCUUUAGGUUGUUUAUUCGAGUCUCACAAUGUAUUAUAACAUGUUUCCUCCCAUGUCUUCCAUGUAUGCUGUGAUUUGUGCCUCGGUUCCUUUCCUUACAUUCUUACUCUUACAUUCUCCUUCCUUUCGCAAUAUUUACUGUGAAACAUUUCUCUACUAUUUUAAGAUCAUAUUAAUGCAUUUUUAAGCUGUUAUUUUGUUUACAGUGUGCUCCGUAUUAGUGUUGUUUUAAGAUGCUUUUUUUUGUUGUUUUGCAGACACCAAAGGAAUUAAACAUUUCUUCACAC